CAGUAGCUCGCGGCGCGAGUCUUAGCAGCCGCCGUCAGUGCGUCGUCCUCCGCCGCACCGUUGUUGCCGGUGACCGCCGCUCAUAUAUAUCACAUCUACAUACACUUUGACUUUGCACGGCAACGCCGCUGUUGCAUAGGUACCCUCGCGUGCGCGAAACACACCCACGUCGUUAGUGCAUCUUUAAUUUUCAUCCGUACCUUUAUCUAAGUACACCUACAGUUGUGAUGCUGUGCGAUAUGUGACGACGACGACGAUGCUGGAGAGAAAGUGCGCGAAGACGAAGCCGAUGCCGGCGUCUGCUGCUGUUUACUCUGGCUAUUGACGAGCGCGCCGGCUGUUGUGCGCGAAUGUUGUGGUGAAGUGCGUGUGCUUGCAGAGUCUGUGUUUUUCCGGGAGGUACAUCGCACGAGUUUUUAGCCUAAACCGCGGUGACAUGUAGCCGGUCAGCGAUGUGGACCACCACGAGGACGACCAAGUACGCUGUCGCCGUUUACAACUGGCGAGGCGACACGCGCUACGGUCUGCCGCUCGAAAUCGGCGAAACCCUACAGAUCCUGGAAGAGUGUGCAGGAUGGUACAGGGGUUUCUCCAUAAAGAAUCGAGCUGUAAAGGGAAUAUUUCCAAGUUCCUACGUGCAUCUGAAAUCAUGCAAGAUCGAAAACGAAGGGCUCUUCGAAUCGGUCAUCCCACUGGAAGACCCUGUUGUUCGAGAAGUCACCUUAGUUUUGCGAGAAUGGGGCGGCAUUUGGAAAAGACUCUACGUGGAUCGGGAAACCUACAAGUUCAACACACUGAGAAAGGUGAUGUGCGAGCUGCUGGAAUGGCGCAGACAGCUCCUCGCCGGGACUCUCACCACCGAUCAGACGCGCGAGCUCAAGCUGCAGAUCAUCAACAAGGUCGACUGGGGCAAUCGAAAACUGGGACUCGAUCUCGUACCCCGACAAGGUUCUCAUAUGGUGGACCCAGACUCUAUGUCUGUUAUCGAACUAUACCACGUGCACGUCCAGAGCGCCGAAAACUCCCAGGGCGCGUCAGCUCGCGGUACCUUGCGUCGCAAGGAGCACAAGAAGGUGUUGACUCACCACCUGUAUUUCUGUAUGCGGGACUUUGGUCACUCGGUGGGCGAAGACACCGAGAUCUACUUUUCGCUGUACGACGCGAAACGCGGCCAGUACAUAAGCGAGCGCUUCCUCGUGCGCAUAUCCAAGGAGGGCUUUUCCAACUACGUCGAAAAGAUGCACAGCAAUUGCACGAUAUUCACGGAUCUCGGCAAUGCAGAUCUCAGUCGAGAUCUCUACAUGGUGGCGCACGUCAUGAGGUGCGGAAGGAUGCUGUACUCGGACUCGGGGAAGAACAAAGCCGGGGUUGCGACCUAUAGGAGGCCACACGGAGUUGGUGUACUGUCGUUAGUGGACGCCACGCAGGAGCAGACCGAAGAGCUCGAGCUUACGUUUAAGGUUUUCCAAGGCGACGAGAAGGAGUUCCACCAGCUGCACGAGCAGAUAAUUCGUAAGGACAAGUGCUCCCCACUGCCGGGACAACCGAAUUACGGUAUCGUCGUGUCGUUCCGUGUCUUGCAUGGCGAACUCUGCCAAGUUCGCGAAGACAACCCCUUACUUUUCAAGAACAUCUGCCUGACCAAGAAGCUCGGCUUCUCCGACGUUAUCAUGCCCGGCGACGUGCGCAACGACCUAUAUCUCAAGCUCGAACGCGGCGAGUUCGAACGUGGUGGCAAGUCCACUGGAAAGAACAUCGAGGUAACCAUAAUGGUGCUGGAUGCCGAGGGUGAACCGCUGGAAGGCUGCCUUUUUGGAGCAGCUGGAACUGACGGGAGUUCGGAGUAUCAAAGUUUGGUAAUUUACCAUCACAACAGUCCAUCUUGGGCCGAGACUCUCCGGCUCGCCGUCCCCAUCGAUAAAUUUUACGGCAGCCACGUUCGCUUUGAAUUCCGACAUUGUUCUACACGCGAGAAGAACGACAAGAAGCUGUUCGCCUUCGCGUUCGUGAGGCUAAUGGAGGCCGGGGGUGCAACCCUCCAAGACGGCCAACACGAGCUCUACAUCUACAAGUGCGAGGAUCGCGCUAAAUUGGAGUCGCUCAGUUAUCUCGCCAUGCCGAGCAAUGCUCGCGAACCAAAUUAUCCAGGCAUAGGCCCCUUCACCAGAUCGCCAAAGGAAGCCGUUUUCAUCCAGACGCUACUCUGCAGUACGAAGCUCACUCAAAACGUCGACUUGUUGAGCCUGCUCCAAUGGAAAGCUCACCCGGAGAAGAUCUCCGAAGCUCUCGGUCGCGUGCUCCGCCUGGAUGGCGAGGAACUCGUCAAGUUUCUCCAGGACAUCCUUGACGCCCUCUUCGCCAUGUUUCAUACCGAGGACGGCAACUCCACGGCUCACUCUGGCCUGGUGUUUCAGGUACAAGUGCUAAAUGUACUCGUAUCGAUAUUUAUCCUACUGGAGGACUCCAAGUUCGAGCAUUUUAAGCCCGUGAUUAACGCCUAUAUCUCGGGUCAUUUCGCGGCGGCGCUCGUUUACAAAGGUCUCAUUAGCAGUGUGCAGCACUGCACCGAGUGGGUCACAGCCCCUGAGAAGCAAGAAUUCAUCAUGAAGUGUUUCAGAUCGCUUGAAUAUAUUUUCAAGUUUAUUAUUCAGAGUAGAUUGCUCUACGCCAGAGCCACGGCAGGGCAAUACGAGGACAGUUUCCGGAAGGAUAUCUUUUGCGUAUUUGCUGCGCUGAACAAGAUGAUGACUCUGCCGUACGAGAUAGUUCUGUCUCUGCAAGUGGCUUUGCUUAUUUCAAUAUCUGCAGUUUUCGAGCAGUUGAUCGACGUACUGUCGAUUAUGGAGGUCACCACGCUGACCUGCUCCAUGCUUGAUUCAGUGCCUAGAGAUUCUGCACCUCAGCUGAUACAAGCGAAACUCGAAGCCAUCAAGAGCCUGGUAACGUCCGAGCUCUUCAAAGACGAUGAGAGUAGAAACAUGCUUCUGGCAACGAUAUGUCGAAAUCUACGAAUUCACUUAGCCAGACGCGAAGAGCUGAGAACUUGCACAGAGAUACUCGGAGAAAUCCUGAGCUUUAUGUACAAGAGAGGCAGAGAUGGCAAGGUCAACAAUUGCGUGCACCACGACGUGGAAACGCUCAGUCUGUCGAUCCUUGACGUUCUCAUACAGACGAUUCUGAUCAUUAUAAACGCUGGUGGCUCGGUGCUGAACUGUCUCGUGGCUUGUCUGAUGGGGUUAUUGCAAUUGCUGGACGAGUACCACUACGGAAGACUCUGGGAGGAACUGACGGUUGGGGGCGAGAGGAAACCUCUGAAAGAUUUCUUGUUGAGAGUGUUUUUGGUAUUGAGAGAGCUAGUGAGGCAGGAGAUCUUUCCGCCGGAUUGGCUGGUCCUCAGGAUGCAGGCGAACAAUAUCAUACUGAAGUCCUUACAGGAGCUUGCGCAACCACUUGCAUUUAGAUUUUUACAUGGAAGCUUUGACUCUCAACUCUGGUCAACAUAUUUUAACCUAGCAGUCGCAUACCUCACUCAGCCAUCCUUACAGCUCGAGCACUUUUCCGAGGUCAAGAGAGAAAAGAUCGUCGAGAAAUAUGGAGACAUGCGAGUACUCAUGGGUUUCCAGAUCCUCUCAAUGUGGUCACACUUGGGAGAGAAAAAGCUCGAAUUUAUCCCCGGCAUGGUGGGUCCUUUCCUUGAAGUCACUCUCGUGCCCGAAAGCGAGUUGCGAAAAGCGACGCUGCAUAUCUUCUUCGAUAUGAUGGAGUGCGAACAGCACUCGCGAGGAAGUUUCAAAUCGGUCGAGUCAGAGUUGAUCGAUAAGCUCGACAUUCUUAUUAGUGAGAACAAAGGGGACGACGAGUAUAGACAGCUUUUUAACACGAUGGAACAUCUAAGCGCGGUAUUAUUAGAUCGAGUACAGUCUGAGGAUCCGACAUGGAAGGACAGUGGCACGGCUUUCAUAACUUCUGUCACGCGUCUUCUGGAAAGAUUACUGGAUUAUCGAAGCGUCAUCCAAGGCGACGAGAAUCGUGACAAGCGCAUGUCAUGCACUGUUAAUCUCUUGAACUUCUACAAAAAUGAAUUCAACCGCAAAGAAAUGUACCUGCGUUACAUCUACAAGCUACACGACCUGCACUUAGCCGCCGAGAACUACACCGAAGCGGGCUUUACGAUGAAGCUUUACGCCGAUCAGCUGGGCUGGAGCUCGACGCUCCUUGCAGCCGACCACAAUCAUCCCCAACAGCCCGAGUGGCAGCGCAAAGAGCUGCUCUAUCUCAAGAUCAUCCACUACUUUGACAGAGGCAAGUGCUGGGAGAAGGGCAUACCUCUAUGCAAAGAGCUCGCCGUCCUCUACGAAACGAGGCUGUACGACUAUGCAAAGCUCAGCGAUGUCCUCAAGGUGCAGGCGAAAUUCUUGGAUAAUAUUUUGACGCAGCUCAGGCCAGAGCCCGAGUACUUCAGAGUUGGAUUCUACGGACUGAGUUUUCCGCUUUUUGUUAGGAACAAACUUUUUAUCUAUCGAGGCUUAGAAUACGAGAGAAUAGGGGCGUUUACUCAGCGACUUCAAACAGAAUUUCCUAGCGCACAAAUUUUGAUGAAGAAUUCACCACCCGACGAAACCAUUCUAUCCUCUGAGGGACAGUACAUCCAGAUCUGCAACGUAAAACCGAUUCCCGAGGAAGGUAGCCUCGGUUGUGGGCAGUUCGAGGUACCGGAACGCGUAGUUGCUUUCUACCUCGUCAACGACGUGCGUCGCUUCGUCUUCGAUCGGCCGCUACAUCGCGGCCAAGUAGAUCGCGAAAACGAGUUCAAGUCUCUCUGGAUCGAACGAACGACUUUAACGACUGAAGCCAAAUUGCCUGGAAUCCUCAGGUGGUUCGAGGUCAUUGAGAAGAGAUCUGAACUCUUGGCUCCGGUGCAAUACGCGUGUGAGACUAUGCAGAGCGUCGAACGUGAACUCAGACGACUUGUGGCUCAGUACACGGCUGAGCCACACAGAAACAUCAAUCCGUUCAGCAUGCGCUUGCAGGGCAUCAUAGACGCAAACGUGAUGGGCGGAAUAACGAAGUAUCAGGAAGCAUUUUUGACAACCGAGUUCGCAAGGCAGAACCCGGAGAUGGUACCACACGUCAACAGGUUGAAGAAUCUCAUCCUUGACCAGAUGAGUGUACUAGAGGCUGGUCUACUGCUUCAUGGACAGAUUGCUCCGUCUGGAGUCCAGCCGCUCCACAAGAGACUGAUUGAGAGGUUCACACAGCUCAAGCAGAGCCUGGGUCCAAUGACUCGACAACGUUUAGUGCAUCAAGACAGUAUUAUCAACUCACCGUUACCACCGGUUCCGGUGAACGACAAACAGCGUCCGGCCACUCUGGAAUCGAUGACCAGCUCGAGAAUGUCACGUGCAGAUAGCGAUGGUCAUCUGGAGGAUGAGGGUUUCUAUACGAAGGUCGACGGUUGUCCAAAUGGUGGAGCACCACCUCCGAUACCUCAGCGUGAGGUUCGUCCACGCUCUGUUGGCUAUGGCACGACACCACCGCGACCGACCCAUCAACGCUCUCUCAGCAAACCGCUGAGCCCUAAGCUGCCACUCAGGAACUCACUGUCGACUCCCACCGACGGAUCUGAGCAGGCUAACAUGAGGAGCUCCUGGAGCGAGCCUGGAUCCGAGCCUGCCCCGCCGCUACCCCCUAGAGGUUGCACACCCGAUAAGCGAGACAUGAGUUCAAGUCUGAUAGCACCCCCUGCGCCACCAAAACGACUCUCGCACAAACGCAAUACAGAGUGGAAUAGCGAGGAUGACCCGCGCAAUUCGUGCGAUUCACAUGAUCUACGCGACAGUGGAAUCUCAACGCUUUCAAGCCUUUCAGACUUCCAGUCACACCUAUCGAACCUCAACAAUCUAAGCUACGAGGACUUCGAGCCACGGGUGCGAUGCAACGACAUCAUGAACAUCUCGCCGCCUUCUGUAAUAAGCUCUAUGAAUGUUUCUACUGUGAGCUUCACUAGCGUAACUUUCCAGAAUUCCCACACGAUUUUAAGUCAAGAGGCCAGUCCGCCACCUAUACCACCAAAAGCCCACCAGGACACUCCAUCUGCGCCGUCAACACUGGAACGCGCGUCUAAUCGGACUCACAAUUCCUCGUCCAUUGGACACGCCGAUAAUUACUCGGUGCCCAAGUUUCAAUCGCUUUCCGUUACUUCUGACGGAGACACCGUUUAGAGAGCAGUCUUUUACGAUAUCCUAGUCCAUAGAACGUAAUUUUAUAUAUACCUACAUAUUGUCGUCAAUCAUCAAAAAAGCCAAAACGAUAUUGAAAGUUAACAAAGUCGAGUAAAAAUCCAUUUUAAAAUCACAGAGAUGUUUGUUUUUUAAUUAAAUGACUUUCAAUAUCUUAUAAGAAGAAGAGUUAUUUUUGACUCGAAUAAAUCCAAUUCAAUCGCCGUAUUCUUCGUGCUUGUAAACUGUGUAAUCAAAUACACGUGGCUUAAAAGUAAAAAUAAUUGCAUUCUGGGUUGCGCCUUUUUAGUUACGAGAAUGUGCCAGGCAUUUAGACAUUACUUACAGUCAAAAUUAACGUUCUUAGUUAAUAAUAAGGUGGUAUGAAAUGCAUAAGAAUUUGAAUAAAGUUUUUUUUUAAGUGGACAGGUUUAUACAUGCUGUAACAUAAUGCGAGGCUACUCUGUGUCUGUCUAGUCACUAUGGGAAAAAAUCAAUUCUAAUACAUUUUUUUUUAAUUAUAAUGAAAUCUGGAAUUGACUGAAUUAUUAUAUGUAAAGAAAACUUCAUAUUUUUCUUAUAUGCAGUAAAUCGUGUACAGCUUCAAAGCUAAAUUUUAACGAUUUAUAAGACACUUUUAUAAUAAUUUUCUUGAAGAUAAUGUUUACUCUUGAUUUUAAAUGCAAACCAUAUGACACAAUAUCAAAAGCAUCGAUAACUUGUAUAGUAAAUAGUGUAGAUAAAAUCAGAAUUACUAUUAACAAGUGGAUAACACUAAAAUUUUAAUCAGCUUACAAAUUAACAUUUUAUUUAUAUGCAAGCAAUUCAUUUACUUAUGUUAAACAUCGUUUUUUAGACUUAUGUAUUUAAGGAAUUGAUUAGUUGUUCUAUUGAAUCAGUUGCUGGCUCUCUGUUUUUAUUUUGUUUUUAAUAAACAGCUGGAUGCAUCAUUAUUUUUUAGCACGUAAUCAAUGUUACACUAUAAGAGAAUUCAUGUGAAACUCUAAUCGAACGUAUUUAAUUUAAAUCUGUAUGAUGUACUCACAAAUUUUGAACUCACGUAAACUGAAAUGUCAAAUAAUUUGAUUUUUAUUAAAUGGCUAGAUUGUAAUCAUCUGCUGCUAGACGCAAACAUCUCAGCAUGUCCGCUCCGUCUGAACGCUGGACGUUCGUUCCAUCUUGUUUAGGUAGAGAAAAGCAAAUUGUCUUUGGCAUCAAAAAUUUUUAGCUGCUGGCGUCAAAACGGAUACAUAUGUAUAAAUGAAUUAAGUUUAUUUCGCUGAUGAUAUUCUCCCAAGUAUUAAUCCAACUGUAUUUUGUAAUUUAUUUAUAUUUUCGAAUAAAAAUAAAAGUAAUUUUUAUCAUAA